ACUGGGGAUCCAAUAGUCGAAAACUCGGAUCAUUCAAGUUUGUCAGCAUGGUCACGCGUGACACUCACUGACAUGCCUUCGUCGACAACGGCCUCGCAGGAAGAGCUCAAAGCUAACCGAGUGCCGCUACAGUGGCGAGAUGGCUGCUCUGCUCUGGUCAUACCAUUGAACAUCUGCCGUAGGAAGACGCUGUAUAUGCCUUGGGAGUGCGACCACGAGAGGCAUGCCUAUGAAAAGUGCCAAUAUGACGACUACCUGCGCCGCAUGAAAGAGGCCGCCCGCAUAAAGGCCGCUGCGGCAGAGGAGGAUUCUUAA